UGCUUCUUCAUUUAACAUCACCACUUUCAUCUAUACAUAUACUCUCUAGUCUAGCUUCCAUCUGAUAUUUUUUCAAGGCCAUCAUGGGUGUUGUGACUCUUGAGAAGGAAAUUACUGUUGCAAUCCCUCCAGCCAAGACGUUCAAGGUCUUUGUACUUGAAUCUGACACUGCUAUCCCUAGUAUUCUGCCUCAGGCUGUCAAGACUGUGGAAAUCAUUGAAGGAAAUGGAGGGCCUGGAACCAUUAAGAAGGUUACCUUUGGAGAAGGUGGCGAUUUCAAGUAUAUGAAAUCCAAGGUUGAGGUUGUGGACAAAGAUACUUUGACACAGUGCUACAGUGUUAUUGGAGGUGAUCCAUGGUCAGAUUUGCUAGAAAAAAUUUCGUAUGAGAACAAAAUAGUGGCUUCUCCUGAUGGAGGAUCAAUUAUCAAGUGCACCAGCAAGUUCUUCCCAAAGGGAAACGCUGAACUGGAUAAAGAAAAAGCCAAGGCUAGAGCAGAGAAGACCUGGCAGAUCUUUAAGGCUGUGGAAGCCUAUCUCUUGGCAAAUCCUGAUGCCUAUAACUAAGUAUCGCCAGAAGUUAAAAAUUAGUUAUCUUUUUAAUAAGGGUGUGAAAGGCCAGACUAGUUUUGGCCUUACAAUAAGAGUUUGUGCUUAGCUUGUACUGUAAAGAUUGCUAGUGUUCUAGUAUUUUCCAAUAUCAUAAUAAAUAUAAUGUUGUAUUUAGUA